CAUUUGGCAAAGCAGAAACGUUUACCUUUCUCUUCAAGCCAAUCCUUGGCAGAACAUGUUUUUUAUCUCAUUCAUGUUGAUAUCUGGGGCCCUUUGGCUGUUUCCAGUUACAAUGGAUUUCAGUACUUCCUUACUAUUGUGGAUGAUAAAUCUAGGUGUGUGUGGGUUUAUUUGAUGAAGUUAAAGAGUGAAGCUAGACAGUUGUUACAGGAUUUCUGCAUUAUGGUUCAAAAUCAAUAUUCUGCACAUAUUAAAACUGUGAGAUCAGAUCAAGGUGCAGAAUUCCAUAUCCCAGAUUUCUAUUCCCUUCAUGGCAUAACACACCAAAUGUCCUGUGUUGAGACUCCCCAACAGAACUCUAGGGUAGAAAGGAAACACCAGCACAUCCUUAAUGUGGCUAGAUCCCUCAAAUUCCAAUCUGGACUACCCUUAAAGUUCUGGUCAGACUUCAUCUUACAUGAUGUUUACUUGAUUAACAGGCUGCCUACCAUUCCUCUCAAAAACAAAACCCCAUAUGAGAUAUUGUAUGGUAGUCCCCCUGAUCUUUCCAACCUUAAGGUAUUUGGAUGUCUGUGUUAUGCAAGUACACUAGGUCAUAAUCGAACCAAGUUCUCCCCCAGAGCUAAACAAUGUGUUUUCCUUGGUUUUCAACCUGGAAUUAAGGGAUACAAACUGUUUGACUUGUUAGACCAGAAAGUGUUCUACUCUAGAGAUGUUGUUUUCCAUGAAAACAUCAUUCCUUGUCUGGACCAAAAUCCUCCUUCAACUUCUUCCAACCCUACACACAAUGUUCCAACCAUCCACACACAGCCUGAUCCAAUCCCUGCCAUUUUUAAUCCUCAACCUCAUUCAAACAUCACCAAUCCAGUUCAAACAACACCAAUUCCUGUCACACCAGAACCAGAAAUUUCAUUUUCUCCUAUACCUGAGCCUACCUCUCCCAUUCCAGCUUCUCCUUCCACUUCCUCUCCUUCUCCUCCAAUUGCUGCAGUACCCCAUUCUCCUUCUACUAAUGUUCCCAUUGCCCUUCGCAAACCUACCCGAGUUCCAGUUAAACCAGUAAGAUACAAUGAUUAUGUUAUGCAUGCAUCAUCAUCACACAUUGACAAGUAUACAUAUCCAUUGGCUGCUUGCUUAUCCUAUGAUCAGUUAUCAUAUGGAUAUAAGAAGUAUGUGUUUGCAGUAGAAACAACAGUUAUCCCAACAACCUUUGAAGAGGCAGUGAAGUACAAAUGCUGGAGAGAUGCAAUGAAUGCAGAAUUAAGGGCACUAGCAGCUAAUCAUACAUGGGAUGUGGUUAAUUGCCCACCUGGGAAGAGGCCAAUAGGCAACAAAUGGGUAUUCACUAUCAAGUUCAACCCUGAUGGUAGUAUUGAAAGGUAUAAGGCUAGAUUGGUAGCCAAAGGUUUCACUCAAAUUUAUGGUGUGGAUUUUCUUGACACCUACUCACCUGUUGCCAAACUGAAUUCAGUCAAAACACUCCUGGCUAUUGCUUCUGCUAAGGACUGGGCAUUACAUCAAUUAGAUGUAAGUAAUGCCUUUCUUCAUGGAGACCUUGAAGAAGAGGUUUACAUGGAUCUCCCUCCUGGCAUUUCUGAUUCUGGCCAAGUCUGCAGACUAAGAAAGUCUCUUUAUGGCUUGAAACAAGCCUCGAGACAGUGGUUUGCUAAACUCACAUCUGCCCUUCUCAGCUUUGGAUACACACAGUCUAACAGUGAUUAUUCUAUGUUUAUCCACCAUAGCAACUCCUCUGGAACUUCUGUCCUCUUAGUUUAUGUUGAUGAUAUCAUCAUUGCAGGUGAUGAUGUUCACAGCAUAACUGCUCUCAAGCAAUUUCUGCAUUCUCAGUUUAAAAUCCGUGAUCUUGGCAAUCUACACUACUUCUUAGGGCUUGAGAUUGCUCGAUCAAAGGGGGGUAUGCACAUUUGCCAGAAGAAGUACUGCAUUGACCUGUUGAAGGACACUGGUUAUGCUGAUUCAAAGCCAGUUAUCACUCCCAUUAAUAUGAAAACCAGGUUGUCCUCUGAUGAUGGUCCAUUACUGGGGAAAGAUGAAGGAACCUUGUUCAGGAAGAUCAUUGGACGUUUACAUUACCUCACCAUUACACGUCCUGAUCUCACUUUUGCAGUUCAACAAUUGUGCCAGUAUCAAGCUGCUCCGACCUCUAAUCAUUUGCAGCUUGCAUACAGGAUUUUGAAGUACCUUAAAAAUGCCCCAGGACAGGGUUUGUUCUAUCCUUCCAAGUCUGAUUUACAGCUCAGAGGCUACAGUGACUCAGACUGGGCGUCUUGUCCAGAUACUAGGCGUUCUACAACAGGAUACUGUGUCUCUUUGGGAAGAUCUUUGAUUAUUUGGAAGUCGAAGAAACAGGGCACUGUUUCUCGAUCAUCUUCUGAAGCUGAGUAUAGAGCUCUUGCUCAGCUUACUUGUGAAGUUGUGUGGGUGAAGAGACUUCUACAUGAGCUACACAUUGAACAUCCAAGACCUGUAGAAGUCUAUUGUGACAAUCGAUCAGCCAUUUACAUCGCUGAAAACCCUGUGUUUCAUGAACGAACGAAACACAUUGAGGUCGAUUGUCAUGUUGUCAGACAGUUCCUUCAGUCCAAGCUCAUUCAUCUCAGCCAUCUUGAAACAGAGAAUCAGGUUGCAGAUAUGUUUACGAAGGGACUAAGCAGGCAUCGUCUUUUGUAUCUUCUGUCCAAGCUGAACAUUCAUAAUAUGUAUGUGUCAGCUUGAAGGGGCGUAUUGAAGAAGACGAUGUAGCUGCUCUGGUUUUAUCUAAGGCAAGAACACUACCGAGCUGGUGGCACAACAUCGUUUCAACCAGAAGCAAGUGAAGAGCUGGGAGCAGACGACGCCGUUCCAUUUAGUGUUCUUAGGAGUUAGUUAGUUUAUACACACCUGUCUUCUGUUGAUUGGUAGUUAGAAGAUAGUUAGUUUAUUUUACCGUUGUAAAUAUGCUGACUAGACCCCUUGUACAGGAAGCUGUCUCUGGCUUCGUAUAUAUACUGCCCUUGAGGCAAAUGAGCUCCUUUGCGGGCUCUUCCACCAAAUUCUGAUGCUAUCCAAAACUUCACAUGCUUUGUAUGAGGUGGACCGCAUGAUUACAUUCUCUUUUGGAGAAGCCCACUGAAUAUUGGCACAGUCUUUGGGCUUGAGUCCGUUUUCUGUUUAUGUAUCUUUUCUUUUGGUUCCCCAUUUCCUUUCGUCAAUGAAAUCCUCUUAUGAUU